AGGGACGUUGAAUGUAACCAGAUGAGUAAGUAAGUAGUCUUCUUAGUUAUAACCCCGUGCGCACCCGUAACCACGCCCCCAGCGUAGGCAUGUGAAGUUACAAUAUGACCACACCCAUGGUGAGGAUUUCUUCCUCAACACUUUCGUACAUUAGGAGCCAAUAACCACACCCCUUCCUUCUUGGAACACAUCUUGUAACCACGCCCCUCGCACAUACAUACAGUGGAAGUCAGCAAGUUGUGUAGACAGCAUGUUGGUAGGACGAUAGGAUGGAUAUAAUUGCAUACAGAUCUUAGCAACAAGACGGCACGGCAAAAGCGGAAAGGUAAAAAAACAACUACAUGAUAAUCGAAUCAGAAUCUCGAGUCAGGUUCUUUGGAACGUGCAGAAAAAACAUAACGCUGAUUUGAAAAACUCACUUGUGUAUGCUGACAGUGACACGCCAAGAUCACUUGUCAUCUGAAAUUUAUCAUAUACUGCUUGGUUCGGAGACAACAUGGAAGCCGAUCAUUUUCUUAUGGCAUCUGGAGACCAGGUGCCUCGGAUGCCGGUUUUCUUGAGGAAAGAGGUGUUUGACUCGAGUCAAGAGGGACAUUCACGACUGAUCACCAAAGCACACCCGAGACAAAAUUCGGAUCAGACGAUGGAUCCCGAAAGGAGAUUGUUUGAGGUGGAGAGAAUUCGUGGUAAGAGGUACCAGGACGGAAAGGCGUAUUACCUGGUCCGCUGGGCGGGAUACGGCCCUGCAGACGACACCUGGGAGCCGUUCAGCAACCUGACCAGAGUUCUGGACCUCGUGGUCAACUUCGAGGUCCGGUACGUGCUGAAGAAGACCCCUGACGUCGGGGACGCCGCGCUUGAGCACGCCAAGGCCAUCGUGUACAAGCGGCUGUACCGUCUGAUCGACGGGAUGGAGUUUCUCUCUGACGACGACGAAGAAGAAAACAAGGAAGAAAGUUUCUACGAAGAAGAAGACGCCGAUGCUUUGGUAGCCACCGGAUUGCCAGAAGACAGCACCUCGACACAAAAACCAAGCGACAUGCCGGUACAAGGAGAAGGCAAAUUGAAUACAAACGAAGUCUUCCCGGUUGGAUGUGUAUGCCAAGAUGUUGAACAAGAAGUGAGCUUUGAACAAAAUACGGCGGAAAACCAGCCAGAUGAAGACGAGGGGAUGCCCUGUUUGUUCCAGGCUCUUCAAUAUCCGAGAGUUCAGGAGAAGAAGGAAGAGGAGGCAACGCCAGAGAAAGGAACAGAAGAGAAGUUGUUGAACCUAGCCGGAACGGGGGAUUACAGUACGGGUGUCCAGGAAAAAGAGCACAUGGAAACAGACAGCGCAACUGACCAAGAUUACAAUGCCACCCCGCAGAAAAACUACUCCAAAACGGCGGAGGAAGAGCGGGAAUCCAUGCAAGACCAGGCGGCAGCAGGGGACGAGCCACUGGCGAUCCCUCCCGUCAAGAAAAUUCUUCUUCCCAAGAAAGCCCGCGAUGCCUUAGCGUUGAUAACCAGGAGGUCCGUCCGAGUUUUGGCGAAGAUGACCGAACACGAGUCGACUGGCACGUCGGAAACCCACACGACGAGUACCGAACCCGCGUCGGUAGCGAAGCCGACCGUCACGCCCAAGAAGAGCUUUUCAACGCCCGACUUGAGACAAAACAAGAAGACACCGUCCAAGAGGAAACCGACACCGCCCCGACAGAAGAGAGACUUGUCUCAAACCUCCAAGGAGCGUUGCUCCCCGGGGAAGAUUAGAUCCCCGUUACGUCAUACAUACAGACCUCCGGCGGAUGGGUACGAAUACAUCACUGUGAGGAAAGAGCAUGGUCACGUGGCCAUCAUCUUUCCCGGGGACAUGCCGCCACGAGCCAUGCUGAGACCGGAGGCCUUUGCUGAACUGACGAACGCCCUCCGUGUGGCUGACUCCGACAACGACUGUAAGAUCGUGACGGUUACAGGCUGCGGCGGCGUGUUCUGCGCAGGCGUGGACCUGACGUAUCUGGUUGGUUCCGACUUGGCGGGCCGGAGGAACGCGGUGAGGAAGCAUGACGUCAACAACAUGGCGGAAAAGUUGAGGGAUGCGGUGGACGCCAUCAUCAGCCUGUCUAAACCCUUAGUGUCACUGGUGAACGGCUUGGCGCGCGGGUUCGGCACGGCGCUCGUGGCGCUGAGUGACAUCGCGUACGCCAGCGAGCGGGCGGUGUUCGAGACGCCGUACGCCGCUCUGCUGCAGACACCCGAGGGCUGUGCCUCCCUCACACUACCCAGCAUUGUCGGCCCCGCCAUGGCCAAAGACAUGUUGAUGAUGGGCAGGACGCUGUCUGCAGAGGAGGCGUACAAGGCCGGACUCGUCUCACAGGUCUACAUACACGAGUUCUUCAUACACGAACUCAAACCUACCGUGCCGGAAUGCAUGAUCGACAAGCCACUAGCGAUUAUCCGUCAGACCAAGAAGCUGGUUCAGAGACACCUGAGCAGGUACGAGCUGCAGGAGUGUAACCAGGAGGAGUACACAAACCUGCGCCACUCCUGGCAGGCCGAGGACUGCUGCAGGGCCGUGCUCGCGUACGUGGAGAGGGAGCGCUUGUGAUACCACGCCACGGCCGCCAUGUUUGUUUGUUUUUUUGGGGGGGAUGCUUACAAGCAAAUAUAUGCGUUAUGUAUCUACAAGGA